UCAAGUGCCCUGGGAGGGGACAGGGUGGAGUUGCUGGCCGAGAGCAUUUCUGCCCAGGAGGUCUCGGGCUCAUCCAGAGGGAGGAAAGGACGAGCUCCCCGCCGGGCAACGGCACGCCGUGGAAGAGAUGACAGCCAGGAGAGGGAAGCUGUAAAGGGGCUGAAGCUGCUUCACGUGGGGACACGUUCCUAGAGGACCUUUCACCCGACCCCUCUCUGCUACAAAGCUCUGUAUGGGAAGGAGCUGGCCAUGGAUAAGCUGUACCUUGCGGGGAACAGCUUAUGGACAAUCAACAGCUCGCUGGGGAACAGCAGCCUCAGCCUGGAGAACCAGACGUCUGGGAGGAACAGCACCACUGACCCCUUGAAGAGGAAUGAGGACAUGGCCAAAGUGGAGGUGACUGUCCUCUGCCUCAUCCUGUUCCUGGCCCUGACCGGCAAUCUGUGCGUGCUGCUGGCCAUCCACACCACCCGGCAGAAACACUCCCGCAUGUACUUCUUCAUGAAGCACUUAAGCAUCGCUGACCUGGUGGUGGCCAUCUUCCAGGUGCUGCCCCAGCUUAUCUGGGACAUCACCUUCAGGUUUUAUGGGCCAGAUUUCCUCUGCCGGUUGAUCAAGUACUUGCAGGUAGUGGGGAUGUUUGCUUCCACCUACAUGCUCUUGCUGAUGUCACUGGACCGGUGUUUGGCCAUCUGUCAGCCGCUGAGGUCUCUGCACAGGAGAGCUGAUCGGGUCUCUGUCCUCCUCACCUGGCUGCUGUGCCUGCUGGUCAGCAUCCCUCAGAUCCACAUAUUUUCCCUGAGGGAUGUGGGAAAUGGGGUCUAUGACUGCUGGGCAGAUUUUAUCCAGCCCUGGGGACCCAAAGCUUAUGUCACCUGGAUAACCCUCAUGGUCUACAUCAUCCCCGUGCUGAUGCUGAGCAUCUGCUAUGGAUUGAUCAGUUUCAAAAUCUGGCAGAACGUGAAGCUCAAGACAGCUCACGGGCCGAACGUGAGCCUGAGCUCCACUUCCCACGGUGGGACAGCGUUUGCCAGGGUCAGCAGCACCAGGCUCAUCUCUAAAGCCAAGAUCCGGACAGUCAAAAUGACCUUCAUCAUAGUGUUAGCUUUCAUAGUGUGCUGGACUCCCUUUUUCUUUGUGCAGAUGUGGUCCGUGUGGGACACGAAUGCUCCACAGGAAGGUAUGUCCUCUCUUCGUUCGUGCCUGUAG